UUCUUGUUCUUCUCCGUCCUAAUUAGUAAUUAUACCCCCACUUUCUCAAUUUAUUUUUUAGCCCACGCAUUUCUCCGUUAAUUACGACUUUUGCCAUUGCGCGUGUGGAGGUAGGUGUUUAUCCCUUCGCGUGAUCUAUAAAAUCGGCUUCCCCGCGAAGCGCCUUUUCGGUGAAUCCCGAUCGAGCUCGACAAUCGACAUGGCCUCGUCCUCUUUCGCCGCCGCUUCGCACCUCCUCUACCCCGCCGCGCUCGUCGGCUCCUCCUUCGCCCCCCGCCGCGGCCGCCCCGCCGCGGCGGUCCCGGCGGCGGUGGAGGGGGGGAGGGAGUUCGAUUUCAAGGGGUACAUGGUGGCGAGGGCGGCGGCGGUGAACCGCGCGCUGGACGCGGCGGUGCCGGUGGCGUACCCGGAGCGGGUGCACGAGGCGAUGCGGUACUCGCUCCUGGGCGGGGGGAAGCGCGUGCGCCCCGUGCUGUGCCUCGCGGCGUGCGAGCUCGUGGGGGGCCGGGAGCCCCUGGCGCUGCCCCCCGCGUGCGCCGUGGAGAUGAUCCACACCAUGUCGCUCAUCCACGACGACCUGCCCUGCAUGGACGACGACGACCUCCGCCGCGGCCAGCCCACCUGCCACGUCGUCUACGGCGAGCCCCUCGCCGUCCUCGCCGGCGACGCCCUCCUCGCCCUCGCCUUCCGCCACCUCGCCGACCCCUCCUCCUACCCCUCCGACGACCUGCACCCCCCCGCCCCUCGCCUCCUCCGCGCCGUCGCCGAGCUCGCCCGCUGCAUCGGCGCCGAGGGCCUCGUCGCCGGCCAGGCCGUCGACCUCGAGUCCACCGGCCUCGCCGACCCCGUUUCCCUCGACCGCCUCGAGUACAUCCACCUCCACAAGACCGCCAGCCUGCUCGAGGCCUCCGUCGUGCUCGGCGCCAUCGUCGGCGGCGGGUCCGACGACCAGGUCGAGCGCCUCCGCCGCUACGCCCGCUGCAUCGGCCUCCUCUUCCAGGUCGUCGACGACAUCCUCGACGUCACCAAGUCCUCCCAGGAGCUCGGCAAGACCGCCGGCAAGGACCUCGCCAGCGACAAGUCCACCUACCCCAAGCUCCUCGGCCUCGACAAGUCGCGGCAAUUCGCCGAGCAGCUUCUCUGCGAUGCCAAGGACCAGAUCGCGGCCUUCGAUCCCGCAAAGGCGGCGCCUUUGCUUCAUCUCGCCAACUACAUCGCUUACCGCCAGAAAUAGCUACGCAGAUUUCGAGUUCUUCGGUUGCCCAGGCACCAAAUUUGGGUACACAGUUUGAAAGGCUCAAUUCCUCUGCUAUAGUCAAUAGUUUUAAGUUGUGCUUUUGCUGCUGCUGCUGCUGCUGCUGCUGCUGCUGCUUAGAUGCAUGCUAAUUCAUGUCAUAGUAAAAUAUGUAGUUUAUCAGUUAUUGAAGCUUCUUCCUCUACGCGUGAGUUCGAUUCUACGCUCUAGGAAAGAGGAUCAGUAGUUUUUUAGUGUCGGAAUUCAUCUAGUGCGGAUAAUGUAAAGCUUAUCGGAGAUAACAUGAAGAUGUAUCGGGUUGACAUCGAUGCAUCUUCAUCUAGUCAUGAAUAAACAAUAUUUGCGGGUGAGCUUCUAAAAAAUUCCGUCUCCUUUCCGACUCUGUAGUGCCUGAGAAACCAUCCUUUCAAUGAAUUCUAAUCCUCUUUACUUAGAUGUGAUGCAAUUUAUAAAGCAUUUUCACUGGUGUCGGGUCUCAAUGUGCUCUGCUUGGAAACUCAUUCAUGGUUAGUGAGGGAAAAAUCAUGGGUGUGGAAAGAUGUAUGUUGGUUAUACUAUUUACUCAAUUUAUGGGAAUUUACACUUUGUUUUCUCUACAGAUGUAUACUGCUGCUAAACCAUAAACAUCUCUAUCGAAGAGCAAAUACUUUACCAUUAUUAGCUGAGACUUCGUAUCGGUCUGAAGUAUGUUUAUGAUAUGACAAAAAGAAAAAGAAGAAAAGGUAAUGUUUUCUCUGUAAUUCUCAUUGCGCAUUAUAUGGCUCUUCUAUCUUAACCAAAAUAUGUUAUAUAGCAGCAUUGAAACCCUUCUAGUGUCUCUUUUUGUUUUCCGCUUUACUAGAGGUGUGUUUAUAGUCUGUUAUGUGCGAUGAAAGCAGACGAUUUAAGCAGCUACAAGGUUAUGCCUUCUCUCUCAACUGAAGUAUGUUUUCUUUUCGAUAGAGUGUAUGACAGAACAGUUUAUUUCAAUAAGAAGCAUAUGAAAAGGUUUUAAUGUCGUGGAAAA